AUGAAUCUCCUCAUCUUCGGAGACCAGACGGCGGACCAGUACGCUUUGCUGCGAAAGGCAUGCACAUGGAAGAACAAUGCUGCCCUCACAACAUUUCUCGAUAGGAUCAGUGUCGUCAUCCGGGAUGAGGUGCAAAAGUUACCACGAACCCAGAGAGACCAUAUUCCCGACUUCCUGACGACAUGGGACCUCGUCGAAGCAUAUUACAGCAAGGGUCUAAAGCUACCUCAACUGGAAAGCUGCAUGGUCACCAUCGCUCAAUUAGCACAUUACAUUGGGUAUGUUCAGGGCCUUGAAUCGUUCCACGGCUUGACUAACCCUUCCAGAUAUUACGCGGAAAACCCCUCGGAACUACCGAUUCUUGCCAACACAAGAAUUGUCGGUCUCUGCACUGGGUUGCUCGCGGCGUCCGUCGUUGCAUCUGCGCGGUCGCUAAGUGAGCUUCUACCGCUAGCUACCGAAGCCGUCCGACUUGCGUUCCGCGCUGGUACCUGCGUCGGUUCUGCAAAGAAUGCGCUUGAAAACGCCACAAACCCAAAAGAAAGCUGGUCCACCAUAGUGACUGGUAUUUCUGAACAGGAUGCGAAGACUGCUCUUGCUGCGUUUCACAAUGAUCGACAAAUCCCAGCUUCGGCGCGCGCCUAUGUUAGCGCAGUUAGCGUCAUGGCUCUAACCAUCAGUGGCCCACCAGCAACAACGAAACGCCUGUUCCAGGAAGCCGAGUCAUUCAAUCAGGCCGACAUCGACCGCAUUCUGGACAAGGACGCGGCUCGACACCUGCAGCAAUUCCGCCCCUUGGCUUUGGUGCACUCUGCAACACACGGAAAAUGCCACACUGCCACAAACACUCUCGAGUUGGUUCAGAUCGCUCUGGGCGAAAUUCUACUCGAGCCUGUACGAUGGGACAGCCUUCUCGAGCAAGUCGUAAAUGAGGUGACCGCAGCCAGCAGCGCAGAAUGUACCAUCUCGGCAAUUGGCGUUACAAAUAUCGCCAACAGCCUCGUCUCUGCGCUGAAGGCUGGUGGACAGACUAACGUUUCCGUCCGCGACCAAUCGCUCUGGAGCGCCACCACUGAUGAGAGUCGUGGUCGCACCCAGAAUGACAAAAUUGCCAUUGUUGGCAUGUCUGGUCGCUUCCCAGGUGCAGCUAGUCCGGAGAAGCUUUGGGAACUGCUCGAAAAAGGCUUGGAUGUCCACCGCGAGGUCCCUGCCGACCGCUUCGAUGCUAAAGCCCACUGCGAUCCUUCUGGAAAGGGAAAGAACAAAAGUCACACGCCCUACGGAUGCUUUAUUGACGAGCCUGGCCUAUUCGACCCACGUUUCUUCAACAUGUCACCUCGUGAAGCCGCUCAAACUGAUCCCAUGGGUCGCCUGGCACUGACCACCGCCUACGAAGCGCUCGAGAUGUCCGGCUAUACCUCAGACGAUUGGCGUGAGAUCAACGCUGCUGAGAACAUCGAUACAUAUUUUAUCACCGGUGGUGUGCGCGCAUUUGCCCCAGGUCGUAUCAACUACUACUUCAAAUUCUCUGGACCAUCAUACAGCAUUGACACUGCGUGCUCAUCUUCUCUCGCUGCCAUCCAACUGGCCUGCACUUCGCUCUGGGCAGGUGAUUGUGACACCGCUUGCGCAGGAGGAUUGAACGUCCUCACAAAUCCGGACAUUUUCUCAGGUCUCAGCAAGGGCCAGUUCUUAUCCAAGACUGGUGGCUGCAAGACUUACGAUAAUGAUGCGGAUGGUUACUGCCGUGGUGAUGGAUGCGGUUCAGUCGUGCUAAAGCGUUACGAAGAUGCUGUCGCGGACAAAGACAACAUCCUCGGUUGUAUUCUGGGCGCAGCUACGAACCACAGUGCUGAGGCCGUCUCCAUCACCCAUCCCCACGCUGGUGCUCAAGAGUUCUUGUAUAACAGAGUUCUCGCCAAAGCCGGUGUUGAUGCACAUGAAAUCAGCUACGUCGAGAUGCACGGUACUGGUACUCAAGCUGGCGACGGUAUCGAGAUGACUUCUGUGACUAAUGCUUUUGCGCCUCGUCACCGCCAGCGUCGUCCAGAGGAGACACUGCAUCUAGGUGCAAUCAAGGCAAACAUUGGCCACGGAGAAGCAGCUUCUGGUAUCAACUCCCUCGUCAAAGUGUUGAUGAUGAUGAAGAAGGACGCCAUUCCUGCUAAUGUCGGCAUCAAGGGUGUCAUGAACAAGACAUUCCCAAAGGAUCUACUACAGCGCAACGUUCACAUCUCGACCAAGCAGGUGGCCUGGCCGCGUAACGGCGCUGAGAAGCGAAAGAUUUUCUUGAACAACUUCUCGGCUGCUGGUGGCAACACUUCUUUAAUCAUUGAGGACGCACCACUGCCAACAGCACCAAAGGCAGCUGACCCGCGCACCAUGCACACCGUCACCGUCACUGCUAGAUCGAUAGCCUCUUUGAAGAAGAACAUCAACAACCUCAUGGAGUUCCUCGAUCAGAAUCCAGACACCACUCUUCCUAGCUUGGCGUACACUACCACUGCCCGUCGCAUCCAGCACAACUACCGUGUUGCUAUUUGCGUCUCUGAGAUCUCACAGGUCAAAGACGCAUUGCAGGCACAAUUGAAAGACAGCUACAGCCCACUGCCAAUGGUGCCGACUAAGACCGCCUUCACCUUCACAGGGCAGGGCUCUCAGUACACCGGGCUUGGCCAGAAAUUAUACGAAGAAUUGGACACAUUCAAGGCCGAUAUUGACGAGCUCGACAACCUCGCACGCCUGCAUGCCAUGCCGUCUUUCUUGCCACUACUCACCGGUGAAGAUGUCACUACUUUGUCCCCAGUCGUUGUUCAGCUCGGUAUGUCGUGCAUCCAGGUCGCAUUGGCACGCAUGUGGGCAUCCUGGGGUAUUGUCCCCACUUCAGUCGUUGGCCACAGCCUCGGCGAGUACGCUGCGCUGCACGUUGCGGGCGUAAUCUCUGCUAGCGAUAUGGUCCUCCUUGUCGGCAGACGCGCAGAACUUCUAGUACAGGAAUGUACAGCUAAUACUCAUGGCAUGCUUGCAGUCAAGGGCAGUGCCGAUUCUAUCAAGGCUGCCUUAGUCGACAAGAUGACUGAGAUUGCUUGCAUUAACGGUCCUGAGGAUACUGUACUUUGCGGUACAGUCGAGAUCGUUCACUCUACUAGUGAGCUCCUCUCAAGCAAGGGCUUCAAGGCUACCAAGUUGAAUGUACCAUUCGCUUUUCACUCUGCUCAAGUUGAGCCUAUUGUUGAGAAGUUCAAGGCUGUUGCAUCUUCAGUCAUCUUCAGCAAGCCUAGCAUUCCAGUCAUGUCGCCCUUGACUGGUGAAGUCAUCCAUGAGGCCGGCAUCAUUGGUCCCGACUACCUUGCCCGUCACGCUCGUGAGACUGUCAACUUCUGGACUGCUCUUUCUGCUGGCCAGGAUGAGAAGCUUUUCGAUGCGAAGACCGCUUGGCUUGAGGUCGGCGCUCACCCAGUCUGCAGUGGCAUGGUCAAGUCUACCCUUAGCGGGGCUCCAGUUACAGCUACCUCUCUUCGCCGAAACGAGGAUUCUUGGAAGACACUUAGCAACGCCGUUGCCACGCUGUUCCUGGCUGGUGUCUACAUCGAUUUCAACGAAUUCCACAGACUUUUCAAUGAUGCGCAUGAGAUGUAUACUCUGCCGACUUACGCCUUCGACAGCAAGAAGUACUGGCUGGACUACCACAACAAUUGGACUCUCACCAAGGGCGAAGUUCUUGAGGGUUCCCCUGUCAAGGCCAUUGAGCAAGCUCCAAUCGAGAUUGAGUCCAAGCUCAAGACGACAUCAUGUCACAAGAUCAUUCGCGAAGAGCUGCACGCCAACUCUGGUACUAUUGUUGUUCAAUCGGAUCUCUCAGAUCCCCAGUUGAAGGCAACGAUCACUGGCCAUCAGGUUAAUGGAACACCCCUGACGCCGUCUUCACUUUAUGCCGACCAGUGCAUGACUGUGGCCGACUACCUAUACCAACAGCUGCGUCCCGGAAUGACCACUCCCGGUCUCAAUGUCCGCGCCAUGGAGGUUACCAAGACUCUGAUUCCGCAGUAUCCUCCUCCUGCAGGUGGCCAGCACUUGCAGGUAGAGGCAACUGCAGAUCUCGAGCUUAACCAGGUCGACAUCAAGUUCCGCACUGUCACCGCCGACGGAUCCAAGGUUUAUGCUGAGCAUGCAGUUGGUGUCGUCAUGUACGAGGACAUCGUUGCCUGGAAGGAGGAGUGGAGCCGCAUCCAGUACAUGGUGCAGAGCCAAAUUGAUAUGCUCCAAAUGAAGCUCGAGACCGGCGCCGCUCACAAGGUCCUCCGCGGCAUGGCAUACAAGCUCUUCAAGGCACUUGUGACCUAUGCCGACAACUACCGCGGUAUGGAGGAGGUCAUUCUCGAUGGCAAGCAGACUGAAGCCACUGCCCAAGUACAGUUCCAAACUACUGCCGCGGAUGGAAACUUCUUGUGCUCACCGUACUGGAUCGAUAGUUUGUGUCAUCUCUCUGGCUUCAUCGUCAACGCUUCUGAUCACCUCGACUCGGAGAACUCGGUCUACAUCUCUCAUGGUUGGGGGUCUGUCAAGAUCUCGAAGAAGCUCUCGCCUGAGAAGAAGUACCGCUCAUAUGUGCGCAUGCAGCCUGCUCCAGGCAACAUCUCUGUCGGCGAUGUUUACAUCUUCGAGGACAAGGAGAUCAUUGGUGUGGUCACGGGCUUGAAGUUCCAGAACAUUCCCCGCCGCGCAUUGAACAUCAUGAUGCCACCUGCGGGUAAAUCCAGCGGCGGUGCUGCCACUACGCCAGUCGCUAAGCUGAUUCCCAAGGCACUUCCGGCUGCACCCGUGAAGAAGGUCCAGGUCGCCCCAGUCAAGGCUACGAAGGCCGUUGCAAAGGCGCCAGGGAAGGCCGUUAAGCCAGCCAAGGUCGCCAAGGCUACCAGCGCUGGCGUAACGUCCAAAGUCAUGAAGAUCGUUGCUGAGGAAAUUGAUGUAGACAUGUCCGAGCUAGUCAAUGAUGCUGCUUUCGAGAACCUUGGGGUCGACUCGCUGCUGUCUUUGACUAUUUCUGCGAGGUUCCGUGAGGACCUUGACAUGGACAUUUCCUCAUCUCUUUUCACCGACUGCCCUACCGUUGGCGAGCUGAAGAAGCACUUUGCGCAAUACGAUGGCGGAGCUGUUGCCGUUGAGGAUGACGAUUCCUCUGACACCACUGACGAGCCUUCUGAUGACUCUUCGACACCUUACGAGAUUGGCACUACCAGCACUCCUGCUAGCUCCGCUCCCAGUGUGGCUGACGAUGACAUCAAACCUGCAGGAGAAGUUGUUGAAGGAGAGGCCAGUGUUGCGCGCAAGCUUGUAGCUGAUGAGAUGGGUGUCGAUGUUUCCGAAAUCACGGAUGAUCUCGACCUCACCGACAUUGGCAUGGACUCUCUUAUGAGUCUGACCAUCCUGGGCUCUAUGCGCGAGCAGACUGGUCGCGAUCUACCUGCUGAUUUUCUCACGGUCAACGUCACUAUCAAGGACAUCGAAACUGCUCUUGGUAUGCGCUCCAAGCCGAAGCAGCAGACGAAGGUUGUUACCAAAGUUUCUGUCAAGACCUCCAGCAAAUCCCCUCAGCUCGCUGAGGUGAACAAGAAGCUCGAAAAGACAGUCGAUAUUUCGGGACUGCCUGCUUCCAACUCAGUCUUGUUGCAGGGUAACCCCAAGGUUGCGACUAAGAAAUUUUUCCUUGUCCCCGAUGGCUCGGGAAGCGCUACAUCGUACAUUUCUAUCCCAAAUAUCGACCCCGAUAUGGCUGUAUACGGACUCAACUGCCCGUUCAUGAAGUGCCCGGAGAAGUGGACAUGCGGUGUCGAGGGCGUGGCUCAAAUCUACCUCAACGAGAUCAAGCGCCGCCAGCCUGAGGGACCCUACCUCGUCGGUGGCUGGUCGGCAGGAGGUGUAAUGGCCUACGAAGUCGCCAAACAGCUUGUCAACAACGGCGAGAAAGUUGAGAGUCUUGUCCUCAUCGACGCACCUUGUCCUGUCGCUCUCGAUCCCCUGCCAGCUCGGCUACACAUUUUCUUUGACCAAAUCGGCCUGCUUGGUACCGGUAAGCCCGGUGGCACUCCAUCAUGGCUAUUACCUCACUUCGCCUCUGCCAUCCAGAACCUCAAGGACUACGACCCGACACCUAUGGACCCCAAGAUCGCGCCACCCGUUCUUGCGAUUUGGUGUACCGACGGUGUCUGCCCAAACCCAGACGACCCGAGGCCACCGCCUGGUGAGGGCGAGGACCCAGCGCCCAUGAAGUGGCUCCUCAAUAAUCGCACAAUUUUCGAUGACAACGGUUGGGCGCAAUUGUUACCAAAGGAAAACUUUGAAUACGGCGUCAUGGGCGGAAAUCAUUUCACAAUGAUGAAGGGUGAACAUGGUGCCACGCUUGGCAAGCUUAUAAAGAAGGGCCUUAAGCUAUAAAGUAGGGACUUUUGGACUUCACUGGACUGUAAAACUUUUGCAUGCAUUUCCUUUGUUCAAGCGUGGAAAGAGGAAUUCUGGCGUUCUAGGCAUGAUACACACUUUUGUUGAUGGGCGUUCAAGCGUGUAUGUGGGUUUACGACUCUCCUUUACCGUUCUUUUUGGUUGAUAUGAGCGAGGAGCGUUACGAGCAUGUUGUGUUGGCUUGUUUCGCGACCUUCUCGUUCUUCGUCGCCUGCUGUAUCACGCCGGCCACUGUUGGUAUGAGCAGAGCGCUGCGAGACUGUUGUGUUGGCAUGCCUUGCGGCACUCUUGCUUUGCCUCUUGGCUUGUGUGAAGCUACAUAGAGUAAUAGUUCUAUAGUGAAUGACAAGAAAAGGUCUAAAU